AUGGGUGACAACACUGAGGACCCUCGAUGUAGCAAAGCUGAAUUCGAGAAAAUUUGGCCUGUUCUGCGGAAGGCGGUCGAAGAGUUGCUGCAGCAGUUGCCUGGCCACUACCCAACCGUUUCGUAUGAAAAACAUUUUUCUUUGGUGUACAGAUGUGUUUUGAGUGGUUUUGGUUGGGAGCUCCAUAAUCGUACGUCCGUUGUGAUUAGCGAUCAUUUGCAGUGCAACUCCUCAACGCUUUCGAAAACCUCAGAUGAUGAACUCAUUGAUUCGUUUGAUCUCUGCUCGCAGCAGUUUUUUGAAGCUGUCUCCGGUAUCGUUGCGAUUUUUGCCCAUUUGGAUCGAUUUUUACAAUCGAAGUCUGAAGAAGGCAUGAAGAAAGAUCUUUAUCUUAUGUUCGAUUCAUUGGUUGCAGAACCGAACGUGGAACGUCUUAUAAGUUGCUUGCGCAGAGCAAAGGAUGAUUUCUUGUCUGUACCGCCCUCGCAGAUGGAACGUAUAGUCACCUUACUUUACAAGUUAGAUACAGCCUAUGCUUCACUUUGUCCCGAGUUGUUCCGUCGAUUUAUUCCCGCGGUAGAGCUUCCGGUUCCGCUCUUAGAGGCAGAAGUCGAAUGGAACAAUUUAGGAUUCGUGAACACUGCCGACAGCGAAAGUAAACGCUCAUUCGAAGAUCCCGUUGACCCGUCGCCUAGCCGUUCGGCUAAACGCUUUUGCGCGGAUUUUUAA